AUGACGAUGGCGACUCUGGAACAGCAGUUCUUACUGGUGCUGCUGCUUAUGGUGCUACACCUAAACAUCAUCAUCAUCAUCGUCAUCGUUUUCAUAUUCAUAUUUGUCCAAGACAUUGCCGCGUUCAUAAACAUAAACAAAAAAUGCAUUGUUUUACCAGACGUGUUAAGAAAAGAGGCUUAUGUUUUUGUUGUAAAUUUUGAAAAAUAUCAAAAAAGUACCUAGUAGUUGACUGAUUAGUAUUUAAUUUUCAUAAAAAAAAAAAAAUCUUAAAAGAAUUUGAUUCGCUUUAUUACAAAUAGUAUGUUAACUGUAUAUAUAAAUUACACAUAUAAAAACAGUAAGUAAAACAAGACAACGUAAUGUUAUAAUCAAUAAUAAUGUUGCUUAGAAUUUUUACGCAUUGGGCUACAUUGGGUCUAUUUUUUUUUUUUUUUAAGUUAUAUUGUAAAAAAUUGUGGAAGUAUAUUUAAUGAUAUAUACCCCACAUAGAGGGAAAUGUAAGCUAUCACAUUUGUGUGUAAUGAGUUCAUCAAUUUAUUUAUGUCAACCGUGUAACUAAUGAAGAAAGACCUGCAUAAAAUAACAAUGCAUUUACAGCGCAUGCUCCUAAAACUUCAUAAAUACGACCUGGAAGUAUUGUACACUCCGGGUAAAAAUAUGUUUAUAGCAGAAAAAUUAUCAAGGGAUUUUCUUGAGACUAAAGAAGAAAACGAUACAGACCACGAUUUUGUAGUACAUGAGUUAGCGUUGGCGCUAGCGAUGUCAGACGAAAAAAGGCAGUUGUUCAGCGAAGAGAUAUGUAAUGAAUGA